AUGCACUUCCAAUCCACAACCCUCUUCCUUGCCGCCGCUGUCAUCUUCCAGGGUGUUUCUGCGCAAUUUUGCACUGGCCCUCCCUCAGACUGCAAUUUUGAAGACUGCAGAAUCAAUUACGCUGAUCCAUGGGCGAUCUGCAAGUCAAAGUGCACACCUGAUUCAGGCCGAGAUGCCGCUGUUUCCUGCUGCUCCGGAUCGUUGUACUGUCCUGCAUGA